AUGCAAGCGGAUAUGCGAAGAGUCGGUCUGGGGGCCCCCGGCGCCCUCUUUGUUAGGUCUGCGGCUUUUCCUUUCUACGAGCUUGACUCCCGUCACAUCUCCUCAUGGGGUCUACAUGCAUUUUUUGCAGCUUUCACCUUUCUAUUUGCGUUAAAUUGGUGUAUUGCUAAUUGCCUGCUUGUGAUCGCUAUAUUCGCAAUUUUUGUGAUUGGAUGUGCCCUUGUCCUUUUUACCUCGGUAAUUUAUUAUUUCUUUUGCCAUCAUCAUCACUUUAGCUUUGAAGCUGCCGAGAUGGAUGAGCAGAAUACGGAGGUCCACUUACCAAAGUUGCCACUAUCUCCAUCGAUGAUUGGUCGGGCCUGUCCUGGGCAGGCUGCUCUUGCGAAUUCCACAUCGAAUACGAACUCCCUUAUCCUCUCUAGUUCUCCACCCUUCUCUUCUCUUAUGCGUUUCAUUAACAGUUCGGUAUUCUCCGUGCACCAUGCUGUGCACUAUCUUAACGAGGGCUCUGCUUCAAAAGAUUGGGACUACUUGGCUAAGCGUUUGUUCGAGUAUCGAACGGAAGACGUGGAUUUCUACCUUCCCCAACUCGUCGUCCUUUUUUUGCAAUGCGAUGGACCUACUCGGUCUCUUCUCCCCUACCUCUUCCAACGAGUUAAGACCUCGCUUCGUUUCGCCACCGAAAUGGCCUGGCUAGUGGACGCGCACAACAUUUCCUCUCAUUCAACGCCAAAUAGCCCUUUUAAGCCGUUGAAGUCCUACCCUAUCGAUUUUAUCCCCGCGGUAACGACAACCACCUCCUCGUCCACCAUAGAGGUGGCGAAGGAGGUAGAGGAGGAAAGUGGUAGUAGUGGCAGUUUAAAUGGCAGUCUGAAUUGCUUGGAAAUGGAAGACAAUGAACCGUCGAUAGUCAAGCAGACGCAGACAUCUACGGCUGUGGAAAAAGGUGAUCAAUUGAUGAAGCACAAGAGGGCCGCAUCCGAUCUCACUUGUCUUGCUAAUGGUUCUGAAGCCCAAUCAAGAGAUCAGGCUGAGGCAAGCAACGAUUCUUGUGGAACCGCUUUUGGCUCCGAGGCGGGCAAUCACGCCGAUGUUGAUGAUGAUCUUGAAAGUCCAGAAGCUUUCGACGGGUCGAAACCUACCCGCAGCGAAGCGUGGAUCGAAAUGCACUCACGAUUUUACGACCCUGCGGCCAGUCGUUCGGACACUCACCUCCAUUUGCGACGUCCACGCCUCCUCCGUGCUACCACCUUCACCCCGGCCAGCUUUUCAACCGACUUACUUGGCCUUCCUGAAGGACAGAAUCAACAGCCGGGACGGCUACAAGAUGCCCUUACGGAUUUCCUCGAUGCUGGCUCUGCUACUGCCGCUAUGACUGUGGGCGGGACUUCGAAGCAAUCGCUGAGGUCAGACAAACUAAUUGGGCUUUGUCAAGGUGAAUGGGAUUUUAUGAACGCUCUCCUCUCCAUCAGCCAUCGGCUUGCGCCAUUUGCUUCGAAGGAACAGAGAACCAGUCACCUGCAAGCAGAACUUGGAAAGUUGAAUUUCGGCCUACCAGCCCGUGUCUGGUUACCUGUGGAGGCUACAGAGCACAUUGUACUGCGAAUACCACCGUCUGCUGCAGUGUGUCUUAAUUCGGCUGAAAAGGUGCCCUAUCUUGUCUACAUGGAGAUCCUAGUCUGCAAUGAUGUGAUGACCACUCGUUUGCCUCAACGUCCUGGAACUGCCACCGGAUUCACACACUGUAACAACCCCAGUUGCCAUUCCUAUGAUAUCAAUAGCCCUCAACUCACUCCUGCUUCAUCGAAAACUUGUCUCACCAGCGCCAGAGCAUUCGCAGCGCCCGAUGUAAUCAGUCUCUUUUCCACGGAUUCUGGUGAGAGCCUUGGAGCUUGUGUUUCUUCCAUGACUGCAACUCCCGCUGUUGUUGCUGCAGGCGCUUCUAAUGAAGAUCCAACCACUACCACAUCCACAUCCAGAAGUAAGCACCAACAGAGGGAUAAGAAUGAGCCAACCGUAUGCUACGUGAAUGCCAAGGAUAUUCGUCGUCGGUUGGAACAGAACGCCGCGUGCCAACCACAAAGAACUUUCAAGUUGGAUCCAGAAGACCCCAGUGCCGCAGUGUUGAAAGAGCCCUGGGAAUUGAAGGCGCGGCGUAUUCAGGAGGCCUCACCAUGGGGCCACCUUCCAGGUUGGCAAUUGGCUGCAGUGAUUGUUAAAGUUGGAGAUGAUUUGAGGCAGGAACAGUUGGCUUAUCAGUUGCUGAGUUAUCUGAAGAAAAUCUGGGCAGAUUACCAUCUUAAUCUCUGGCUGCGUCCUCUGAACAUUGUUAUCACAUCACCCGACAGUGGCCUUGUCGAGGUGGUUAAGGACACCGUCUCCUUCCAUCAAAUUCGACGUCAUGCCCGUCUCUCCCUUCGGGACUACAUCAUUCGUGAGCACGGUCAACCCAACUCCGAGGGAUUUCUUUCGGCGCAACGAAACUUUGUACAAAGCUGUGCUGCCUAUUGUCUUGUGGGAUACCUCCUUCAGGUGAAGGAUCGACACAAUGGCAACAUCCUAAUAGACAAGGAGGGCCACGUAGUGCACAUUGACUACGGCUUCAUGUUGUCGGCAUCGCCGGGUCGUAAUAUCUGCUUUGAGUCGAGCCCCUUCAAGUUGACUGCCGAACAGGUGGAACUGAUGGGUGGAGUGGGCGGCGACAUGUUCAACUACUACAAGUCACUCAUUGUGCAGGGUCUCCUGGCAGCGCGAAAACACAUGGACGAGUUGCUGCUCCUGGUUAAAAUCACCCACAAUGGCUACCCCCACUUGCCGUGUUUCGUUUCAAGAGGCGGUGCUCGAACCUUGGAGGCUCUUCGACAGCGAUUCAUGCUUGGUUCGACAGAUGAGCAAAUAACUCGCUGCGUGGAAUACCUGAUCUGCCAGUCCCUGAACUCCCUAACCACUCGGCUAUACGACAAUUACCAGUAUUACGCCAAUGGGAUUCAGUAG